UUAGCAUUAGUGCUCAAAUGGAAAAAUGUGUACAGCACGCCGAAUGUAGCCCCCAUUGGUUCAGCGCUAAAAACCACUGGCGCACCCCACACCCCCUCUACGUUUUGUUUGGGUAUCUAUUAGCCUUGGGGCCAGAGGAGAAAUAAUUUACAGUACAUGAGGUUGAUUGAUGACACAAAGAGUUGCUGUUUGGGCGCUUGUCUCAUCACUCUCUCUCUCCCCAGACAUAAUACACUUCCCGCAAGGGAAAACACACACCAACCAAAACACAAUUUGAAAUUGUUUCAAGAGACGUGACAGUUAAAGUUCAAAAGCAGCUGGAGGCUGGGCAGAAACAUUGUGCUGCUGAAUUCUGAUUGGCUGGGCUCCCCAAUGGGUGAGCCUGCCUGCCAAGUGGGUGGGCCUAUGGCCUCCCAGGACCACCCAUGGUUGCACCCCUGCCCAGUCAUAUGAAAUCCAUAAAUUAGGGCCUAAUUAAUUCAUUUCAAUUGACUGAUUUCCUUAUAUGAACUGUAACCCAGUCAAAUCUGUGACAUUGUUGCAUGUUGUGUUUUAUAUUUUUGUUCGGUAUAAUAUUGCGAUAUUGCCAAAAUUAUAUGAUAUAUCGUAAAAAAUGAUAUCUAUUUUUUUCCCCAUCACUAGUACCAAGAUGGAUCUGAUGUAAGCCAACCUUGGGAGAGCAGCUCUUCUUGAGUUUGCUGCUACAUCGACUGGUGGGUUUAUAGAAUGUUAAGGGGAUUAAGAAGAAACUUGUGGAGAAUCCCCUCUAAUCCGUGGGCCCUCCUGAUCAAAGGCACCCAGAUAGCUUUGACUUUAACAUACAUUCUUCCCUCUUCUCUUCUCUUCCAGAGCCUCACUGUAGAUUUUUCCAAUUAAAUCAUUCUCUGUAGUGUGGGUUGCCUGAUGGUUGGACCGCUGCGUUCUGGGAAAGAGAGUGAGUGUGUGAAAGAGGGUGAGACUGAGAGAAACCAGAGCGACUGGGAGAGAGAGGGAAAUUAUAUUCUGUGUGGCUGGCUACUAACGCUGUUCUGUUCUGCUGAGAUUCCUUGGCAGUGAUUGGUCGGACUAGGCAAUUUCGAGAGCCUUAGGUUGGCCAUGUGUAAGUGAGUCUGUGAGGUCUGCUGGUCAAUUGGCCAUAAACCCUUCAGUGGUCCAUCUCCUCAUACUUUAAAAGUAUGAACCCUCCAAAAUUGCCCAAACCUAAUCUGUUUGCCCACGUUUCUAACACAAAAACCCUGUUACCAACAAGAAUAAUUGUGAGUUCUAUGCUCUCCCUUCACAUGUUGCUGAGGGGAGAGUAGGGAGAGAGGGGUUUGAUGACGGGUGGUGGUAGCUGGGGUUUGGCCGAGGUGUGAUGUCGCUAUCCUUUUGGGGGAUCCAGAUUCAAUUACAGAGGUAUAAGAGGAGCUUUGAGUGAGAGACUGAGCUCACACACACACAUUCACGGUGUGAGAUGGAUCUCACACACACACAUUCACAGUUUCACACUUCAUGUUUCAGACUGAACAUCAGUGUUGGGCUUUAACAGGACUUGUUCAGUCUUGACCAUCUGUUGGUGGACAGAUCGCUUUAUAUUAUCAGCGCUCAACUACUGUACCAGUCUUUUAGUACUGUGCUGUUGUUAGUCUACACUCUGUACUGAAUACUAGACAUGCCUAGUUAAAUAAAGGUAAAAACAUGUUGUUUUAUUUAAAUACUGUAAGUAGUGGCUCUAGCCUAGAUAGCAUUCACCAUUUCACUAAAAGCUCAGCUCAGACAUGCUCAGCGCUAACUUGGAAUGAACCAUCACAACCACUCUAUCAUGGAAUGCCUGCAAACAGGGGGAGGAGAAACAAACAAACCACAGAAACCACAACAGUGGAUGUGGGAGAUGUAGGCCCUGCAGCCUACUUACUGUGAUCCUCUAUCUUAGGUGGGAUAGGAGGACAAGACAGCUUUAUUCAGUCUGUCUGUGUGGAUGCUCUCCAGAAAGGCACGAGGUCAGCCGCUGUGGUAUUGGCUGGAGGAAGGGUAAGGGCGGGAAAAUAAAGGGAAAAGGUGGCAGAGGGAAAAUAAGAGAUGUUAUUGUGUCUUUUGUAUUUGGUGAAAUACAUAAUAAGACUGGAGGGGAUUUGAAAAGAGGAACUGAGUGUGUCAAACUGAUAGCGUUGCACCUUAGUAAUGGAAGCUUCGCAACAGAAUGAAAUAGUUAGGAAAUAGAAAGUCACAUGGCUGUUGGUUGCCUUAGAACUGAUUGUGAAAAAAUUGUAGGUAAAAACAAAAUGUUAUAUCAUUUUUUUAAGUAUUCUCCUGCUUCAAUUCCAUGUAUGAAUGAAACUCAAUGUGUGCAUAUUUUAUCAAAUACAGAAUGCCUGGAAGUUGUCCAUAAAUGGGGACUCUCUACUUGCAAAACUCGAAAGUGUAGAAAACGGAAGUAGGAGUUGCUAGAUUUUUAAUCCGACAGCUUUUCAAAAAUGCCAUAUUGAGAAAAGCUCAAGUACAGAAUGGCGCUGGGAAGCUGUCGUUGUCCCAUCAGAGUUGCCAGCAGCAGAGCUGUAAGUGAUGAUAACAGCAGUUGUUACCCAUUCAUAAUCAACAUCUGUAUGUUGGCUCUUGGUAACAAGCCAUACAUUUUUUUUAUUGUCACGUACACCAGAUAGGUGCAAUGAAAUGUGUUGUUUUACAGGGUCAGCCAUGGUAGUAUGGUGACACUGGAGCAAGUGAGUAUUAAGUGCCUUGCUCAAGUGUACAUUGCUAGAUUGUGCCACCUUGUCAGCUCAGGUAUUUGAACCAGCAACCUUUUGGUUACUGGCCCAAUGCUCUAACCGCUAGGCAACCUGACGACCUAAUAAAGUUGUAAUUGUCCUUAAGCACUGCCAGCCGUGAUUAGUUUGACAUGGCAGUGGCAGCCACUCGGGGGGAAAUCUAUUCUCUGUAAAACUCCUAACCUUUCAACCAUUUACCCUUCCUUUAACUUUGUUUACCAAAGCUGAGGCUAUUUAAAUCCACUCCAAUCUGGUCUUAGUCUUACAAUCUCUGACCUAGCAUCCUAUUGUCUGUCAGGCCUGGCUGUUCCUUUAAGGACAACUUCUCUUCACUGGUUAUUUCCUCUGGUUGUCCUUGAAUAACAUUAGAGGUACAGCUAUUGGCCCCAGAGGCACUCCACUUGGCACCUCUACAGUUGCAAAUCCAGUUCUGUGAUUAUUGUACAAAUGUCCACAGUGUUCUACGCGUUGACAGUGAUUCCACACGAAGCCUCCCCCAAGCCAAAUCCACCCGAAACAAACUUCUCCCAGUAGUUUUUCCCCCUUACUAAAAGAAUGAGAAACUAAACUUGGCUGUCCUGUGUUAUCUCUGUGUUUCCAUGGUGCUGCAGCUCUCCCAGGCAGCCAUGACAGGAUAUUGAUGUGCCUCUUCUCUUGAGUCCUCCCUCCACCCCCCUAACCCCGACCCCACUCCACCCCACACAUGCAUCCCGCUUCACGACAGAGAGUUCAAACCCCUGGUGAAGAGGAGCUGUCAGCCACCCUCCACUCCCGAGACCACAGAGUUCAGAUGUCAGAGGGCCAGGGUGAUUGAAAAUAAACCCAACUCAAACUGGAGGCCUGUGCAUCCUCUCCUAAAAUAAAGAUGACAAGCUGGGUCCAGGUCGCUCUUCUUCUCCUCUGUCUCCUCCUGUUAUGCCUGUCUGCAGCCGGGGACCAGCUGCAGGAGGAGGCGCUCCUGCACUUCUCCUCCAUAACGCCCAUCAACAACGUGGUUCAGGACCCCCGCAGCGGGCGCGUGUACCUGGGUGCCGUCAACACCAUCUACCAGCUGGACGAGGCGCUGCGUGAAGAGGCCCGCACCGUGACUGGCCCCAAGGAGGAUGCCCGCACCUGCACCCCGCCUGUCUCCACUCCGUACUGCCAGGACACCAAGCCCAGCCCUAAUGUCAAUAAGCUGCUGCUGGUGCACCCAUCCAACGGCUCACUGAUCGUAUGUGGGUCCCGAUACCGGGGUAUCUGUUCCCUCCUCAACCUGAGCAAUGUGGAGCAGCAACUGUACUACAGUGACUCUAAGGGGGAGAGGACUUAUGUAGCUAGCAUAGAGGACGGGGUAGCCGUGGUGGCCGUCAUGUCUACAUACGUUAAUAAAGACGGCAACACCUUUAAUGUGUUUCUGGUGGGAAAGGGCUACGGCAGCCUGGACAGCUCCAAACUCAUCAGCACGCGCAUCCUCCAGGACUACCGCGACUGGGUGGUAUUCGAGAGCAUCAUCGAGGCGUCCACCGUGCAGGCAACACCCUUCGUGCCCAAGUACCUGCACGACUUCCGCCACGCCUUCAAGGAGGAGGGCUUUGUCUACUUCCUGUUCUCCAGGACCAUGGGAAGCACCGAUAACAAGAACCUCACCUUCGUGUCUCGACUGUGUGAGGACGACCCUCACUACUACUCUUACACAGAGCUGCAGCUCAACUGUGGCCCGGGGAACAGGUACAACAAGGUGCAGGCAGCCUAUGUGGCGUCCCCAGGUAAAGAGCUGGCCCGGGGGAUGACGGAGUCGGGCCAGUAUGGUCAAGUACUCCCCUGGCACAAGGUGCUGUUCAUGGUGGCCAGCCCGGAUGACGACGGCGCCGACUCGGCCCUGUGCAUGUACCCUCUAAACACCAUCAAUGAGAGGCUGGUGGACAUCAUCAGUGCCUGCUACAGCGACUCGGGCAAGAUCGCAGGCAUCCCAGCUGUGGACAUCCCCUACUCCUACAAGACAGACGAGUUCUGCACCUCCCAUAUUGACAAAGACACUCUGAACAACUAUAAGUGUGGGGCGGACUUCCUUCCCUCUCCACUGGCCAGUAAGCCAGAGUUUGCCCUGCAGGCGAAGGCGGUCAUCAUCAGGAGGUGCCUGCUGACCGCUGUGGCCAUCGCUGUGGAGAAUGACCACACUAUUGCCUUCCUGGGGAACAGCCUGGGAGAGGUGUACAAGGUGCAUCUGACUGCCAACCCAGAGGUGUACAGUCAAGUGCCAGGGGACACCACAGGGAAACGCAUCAACAAAAAACUCUUCUUUGACGCCAGCCACAGCCACCUGUAUAUCACCACUGAGAAAAAGAUCACCAAGAUGCCAGUGCAGACGUGCCAUCUGAAAACAGACUGCCAGUCCUGUGUGUCACCAUGGGACCCCUACUGUGGCUGGUGUGUUCUGGAGGGCAGGUGUACAAGGAGGUCUGAUUGCCGGCGAGCGGAGGAGAAGAACGGCUGGUUGUGGAGCCCCAAGCAGCAGUGUCUGAAGAUCGUGUCCUUCAACCCACCCAACCUCAGCUGCAAAAAGACCCAGCAGGUGGAGAUCAACGUGCCCUCCCUCCCCUCCUUCGGGCAGGCAGACCGUCUGUGCUGUGUGUUCCCCUCCUAUAUGAGUGACGCCACCAUGUCCUCUGGCCAGGUCACUUGUGCCCUGCCUAAUCCCGUCUCCUUACCAUCCACACCUGAACACCAGGAUUUCGUGGCGGUGCCCAUUAAAAUCUUUGUGAACGAGUCGGUGGAGCUGGCCACCAGGGAGUUCAAUUUCUACAACUGUUCAGCCACUGUGAGGAAAGCAGAGAGCACACCGUGUUUGUCGUGUGUGGCCAGCCCAUGGGGCUGCCAGUGGAACACCCAGGACCACACCUGCCAGGACAAGGACGACACUGUGUUGGGCCCUCAAAUCAUCAAACACAGACAGGGGGCAAGAUGUCCCCAGUUCGAGAACCCUGAUCCUGUGCUCAUUCCUGUGGGGUUCAAAACCACCAUCGGCUUCGAGGGCAUCAACCUGGAUGUUUACCAGGACCGGGUGUUCACCAUCGGCACAGAGCUGAUGAGAAACAUGGAGGAGGACGUCAGGUCUGAAGAUGGGCCCUUCUACAGCUUCAACGGUUUUAACUUUUCCUUCGAUAAGUCACAGGAGACCAACGUUCUGUUCUACGUGAAGGACAAACAGUCGGGCAAGAAAAUAGACAGCACGCUGAAUGUGACCCUAUAUAGCUGCUCGCUGGGCCGUGAGGACUGCAGCCUGUGUAAGAACGCUGACCCUAAGUACAGCUGUGUGUGGUGUGUCAAAAGGAAGUCGUGCGUCUAUGAGAAGCUGUGUACUAAUGACCAGGGUACAGAGUGCCCUGACCCACACAUCACUGACAUCAUCCCUCGCUACGGGCCCGUGAGGGGGGGCAUCUCUGUCACCAUCAAGGGCUCCAACCUGGGCAUCCACAAGGAGGACAUCAAGGCCAUCAGUGUGGUGGGGGUCCCCUGUAUACAUCAGGAGAACAAAUACGCAGUCUCCACCAGCGUGGUGUGUGAGAUCGGGCCCUUGGAUCCCCUGAAUAAAAACUGGGGCCAGGUGGAGGUGGAGGUAGAGGGAGGGAAGAGAGGAACGUCAUCUGCUUUCUUCACAUACCGGGACCCCAUCGCCCGCUCGGUGCACCCCGCCAACGGCUCCAAGGCUGGGGGGACGCUCAUCACCAUCUCUGGCUUCAACCUAGACACAGCCACCAGGGAGGACAUUUCCGUCACCGUUGGGGGGGUGGUGUGCACUGUGGAGACGUUUGGUGCAGCCAUCACCUGCAGGAUGGGAGAGUACAGGGCGGAUAAGGUUCCCUCUGACCUGCUCACGGUGACAGUAAAGUAUGGGAAGAGCACCACCACAGCCGUCCCCACAGCCUUCCAGUUCUGGGAGAACCCCACUAUCCUGGACCAUCACCCCAAGGGAAGCUUUGUGUGUGGUGGGAGGACCAUCGUGGUGACUGGAUCUGGGUUUGACCUAAUUCAGAACGCCAUCAUGAGGGUCCAGGCCUCGGCUGACAAGUGGGCUGGCAUAACUCCUACUGAGUACCUCCAGGAGUCUCUGAGUAAGAACAACACGGUAAUCCAGUUCCUGACCCCGGCCGUCAACAGGUCUUCUGAGUCCCAUUUGUUCAGGACCUUCAUCCAGCUGGACAACUGGGGGAGGGAGCUCAAGCCCUUCGACUACCACCCUGACCCCGCCUUCGACCCCCUCACCAAGAAGAUCAUCACCGAGACCUCCAUCAUUGUCGUCACUGGCCGAGGUUUCGAAAAAGCCAUGACAGCCAAAGAGGCCCAGGCGUUUGUGGGGGAUGUCCCGUGCUAUGUCAACGCCCUCCAGGAUGACAAGCUUUUCUUGGAUCCCCCGUCUAGCCAGCCCCAGGCCCGCUCCAAACGCCACCGCAGACGCAGAGACACCAGCUCCGACCCAUUGGACCUGCUGAUUAAGUUUGGGAAUGGCGAGUGGGUGGUGGGCUCUGUGCACUACGAGAGCAAUAAUGAGGUUCCUCUCUUCAUCAUCAUCCCUGCUGUCAUCAUCCCCAUGCUGCUCAUCAUCCUCGUCUCCGUCUACUGCUACAGGAGGAAGAGCCAACAGGCUGAAAGAGAGUAUGAGAAGGUGAAACACCAGCUGGAGAAUCUGGAGGAGAGUGUACGAGAUCGCUGCAAGAAAGAGUUCACAGACCUGAUGAUAGAGAUGGAGGACCAUACCAACGAACUGAGCGAGGGGCGAAUCCCCUUCCUGGACUAUAAGACCUACACGGACCGCGUCUUCUUCCUGCCUUCCAAGGACGGGGCCAACGAUGUGAUGAUCACGGGCAAGCUGGACAUCCCUGAGGCACGGAAGGCCAUCGUGGGCCAGGCCCUCAACCAGUUCUCUAACCUGCUCAACUCCAAGACCUUCCUCAUCAAUUUCAUCAAGACCUUGGAAGGACGUCCAGACUUCAACGCCCGGGCCAAGGUGUACUUUGCAUCCCUGCUAACGGUGGCUUUGCAUGGGAAGCUGGAGUACUACACGGACAUCAUGAGGACCCUGCUGCUGGAACUCAUGGGGAACUAUGUCGACAGCAAGAACCCCAAACUCAUGCUGCGCAGGUCAGAGACAGUGGUGGAGAGGAUGCUGUGUAACUGGAUGUCCAUCUGUCUUUACCAGUUCCUCAAGGACUCAGCAGGGGAACCCCUGUACAAGCUGUUCAGGGCCAUCAAGCAUCAGACAGAGAAGGGUCCAGUAGACGCCAGAGUGAAGAAGGCCAAGUACACCCUGAACGACACGGGUCUGCUUGGAGACGACGUGGAGUACUGCGUCCUGACUCUGCAGGUGCUGGUGCACGGGGAGGGGCCAGACGUGACGCCCGUCAAGGUGUUGAACUGCGACACGGUGUCCCAGGUGAAGGAGAAGAUCAUCGAGGCGGUGUACAGGAACCUGCCCUACUCACAGAGACCCAAAGUGGACAGCGUCAGUCUGGAGUGGCGUCCUGGUUCCACAGGGCAGAUCCUGUCAGACCUGGACCUGACGUCCCAGAAGGAGGGCAGGUGGAGGCGCAUCAACACGCUGGCCCACUACAAUGUGCGAGACAAUGCUACUCUAGUCCUGUCCAUGGUUCUUCACACUCAACAGAACUAUUACCAGAACCAGGAUAACCAAGAGGAGAGAAACGCCCUAUUGGAGGAUGACAAGGUGUUCCAUCUGGUUCGGCCUGAUGAGCUGGAUGAGAUGAAGUCCAAGAGGGGCAUGAAGGACAAGUCCAUGACCAAAGCCAUCACUGAGAUCUAUCUCACACGACUGCUCUCUGUCAAGGGAACCCUGCAACAGUUUGUGGAUGACUUCUUCCGCAGUGUGUUGUGUUCCGGGGCGGUGGUGCCACCCGCCAUCAAGUACUUCUUUGACUUCCUGGAUGAGCAGGCCCUCAAACAUGACAACGUGGAUGAGGAGACCGUACACAUCUGGAAGACCAACAGCUUGCCUCUGAGGUUCUGGGUGAACAUCCUGAAGAACCCUCACUUCACCUUCGACGUCCACGUGACAGAGGUGGUGGACGCCUCGCUGUCCGUCAUCGCUCAGACCUUCAUGGACGCCUGCACCAAGACAGAGCACAAACUCAGCCGAGACUCUCCAAGCAACAAACUACUCUAUGCAAAGGAGAUCUCCACCUACAAGAAGAUGGUCGAUGAUUACUACAAGGGCAUCAGACAGAUGGUAUCAGUCAGCGACCAGGACAUGAACACUCAUCUGGCAGAGGUGUCUCGGACUCAUACAGACAAACUCAACACGCAAGUGGCUCUGCAUCAGCUCUACCAGUACGCCAGCAAAUACUACGACGGGAUCAUCCAGUCCCUAGAUGAGGACCCGGCAGCCCAGAGUAAACAGCUCACCCUGCGGCUUCAGCGGAUAGCAGCCGCCCUUGAGAACAAAGUGACAGACCUCUAACCCACUGCAGGAGCCACUGAGACGGAGAGGGAGGGAUGGAGGGAGAUGGUACCGUGCCACCAGUGUCCACAGGGGCUUAUUUAUCCUGGCGGAGGAGAAAGAAACAGAGAAAGGGGUCCCGCAAGGCCUUGAUGUUGACACCUUCAACCCAGCAGGCCCAGAAUGUGGGACAGAUCAGAGUCUGCAGAGUGGAACAGAAUAGGACCAAUGAAACAAAGACAGAUCAGAGUCUGCAGAGUGGAACAGAAUAGGACCAAUGAAGCAAAGACAGAGAGAUGAUGAUGGGUUACACAUGUCAUCAUACUGUAGGAACGCCUUAACUUAAGUACACUUGCCAAACUGAAAUAAUUGGUCGUUAACACUCACUCUGGCUGUUCCCACAAUGUAACAGGGGCCAGCCCCGGGAAAUAAGCCCCUGUGUUGAACACUGCUUGGCACAAAGAGAUAAUCAGAUGUUCAAUUUCAUCCUGUCUAGAAAAGUUGUAAGAACUGUAUGAUAUAUUUUUUAUUGUGCAGUCUUUAUGCGGAAAGCUUUAUAAGGAGAAAUGAUAUUUUAAAAUGGACUGCCUUGUGGUGUGUAUUGUGUUUCUAUAGCCAGUGUGUGGAUGUGGGUGUGGAUGUGUGUGCGUGUGUGUGUGUGUGUGCACGGAAUGCCUACUGUCAGGCCAGAGGGUGGAUGCCAUAUCUGUUAUUUUAAUCUCCACUAGUCACUGACACACAGGAGCCCGUUCUCCCACUGAGCUCCUCUACACAGACCAAACGUUCAGGCUAACUAUACACAGGCUCUUCUUGGAAAUGACAGGCCGACUUGUGACAGGCCGACUUGUGACAGGCCGACUUGUGACAGGCCGACUUGUGACAGGCCGACUUGUGACAGGCCGACUUGUGACAGGCCGACUUGUGACUGGUCGACUUGUGACUGGUCGACUUGUGACUGGUCGACUUGUGACUGGUCGACUUGUGACUGGUCGACUUGUGACUGGUCGACUUGUGACAGGUCGACUUGUGAUUUUCCAAAUUAUUGGUUUUAAUUGUAUUUUUAUUUUGAUUCAUAGCUCGAUGGCAGGGUUUGGUUGCCAAUAUGCCCUCACACUCAAACAUCCAUAACACAGCUAUUUCCCCUUGUUGGAGUACAUUCUCACACAUUCCACUGGCACCUCAGUUAGUUUUGACCUCCAGUUUAUAAUGUUUUAUUUUUUUUAAGCUAAAUAUCUCCCAAAUCAUGUAAUAUAUUUUGAAUAGCAUUAAAUUACAUUUUAAGUCAGGUGAAUUACAUUUUACUCUGUAGCCAGUCAAGCAUACAUUCUGCAAUAACAUAACAUUUUUCAUGUGUUUUACUUUAUAGAAUAUAUAAAUAUAGAUUUGUUGUUUACCAUUUCAUCUACAGUAGUGAAACAGCAAUACUUUAGUACUUGAGUGAAAAUAUACUGAGGAAAUAUAAAUAAUAUGACAGCAGAUAUAUUAUAGUAGCUAACUUACUAAGUAAUAUGACAGCAGAUAUAUUAUAGUAGCUAACUUACUAAGUAAUAUGACAGCAGAUAUAUUAUAGUAGCUAACUUACUAAGUAAUAUGACCAUGAUGUUACAAGUUGUUCAUAGUGUUUUGAGUUUCCUUAUUCUAUGCCAAAUUACUAUUAAUAUCCCAUUUUGUAAGCUUCUACUAAAUGGAAAUCGUACACUUUUAAAUUAAUAAUGAUUUUUACAACAUGCACCAUCGUUGGUAUAAUGUGUCACAAGUCAGGUUCAUUUAUUUACAGUGCCAGUCAAAAGUUUGGACACACCUACUCAUUCCAGGGUUUUUCUUUAUUUUUACUAUUUUAUACAUUGUAGAAUAAUAGUGAAGACAUCAAAACUAAGAAAUAACAUAUAUGGAAUCAUGUAGUAACCACAAAAGUGUUAAACAUUUAAAUGAACAGGUGUGCCUUGUUAAAAGUUAAUUUGUGGAAUUUCUCUCCUUCUUUGAGUCAAUCAGUUGUGUUGUGACAUGGUAGGGGUGAAAUACAGAAGAUAGACCUAUUUGGUAAAAUACCAAGUCCAUAUUAUGGCAAGAACAGCUCAAAUAAGCAAAGAGAAAUGACAGUCCAUCAUUACUUUAAGACAUGAAGAUCAGUCAAUCCGGAACAUUUCAAGAACUUUGAAAGUUUCUUCUAGUGCAAUCGCAAAAACCAUCAAGCGCUAUGAUGAAACUGGCUCUCAUGAGGACUGCCAAAGGAAAGGAAGACCCAGAGUUACCUCUGCUGCAGAGGAUACGUUCAUUAGAGUUACCAGCCUCAGAAAUUGCAGCCCAAAUAAAUGCUUCACAGAGUCCAAGUAAUAGACACAUCUCAACAUCAAUUGUUCAGAGGAGACUGCAUGAAUCAGGCCUUCGUGGUCUAAUUGCUGCAAAGAAACCACUACUAAAGGACACCAAUAAGAAGAAGAGACCGGUGGGAAUCUGUCCUUUGGUCUGAUGAGUCUAAAUUUUAGAUUUUUGGUUCCAACUGCGGUGUUUUUGUGAGACACAGAGUAGGUGAACGGAUCUCCGCAUGUGAUCUCCGCAUGUGUAGUUCCCACCGUGAAGCAUGGAGGAGGAGGUGUGAUGGUGUGGGAGUGCCUUGUUGGUGACACUGUCAGUGAUUUAUUUAGAAUUUAAGGCACACUUAACUAGCAUGGCUACCACAGCAUUCUGCAGUGAGACUGUUGGAAAAGCAUUCCGGGUGAAGCUGGUUGAGAAAAUGCCAAGAGUGUGCAAAGCUGUCAAGGGAAAGGGUGGCUACUUUGAAGAAUCUCAAAUAUAAAAUAUAUUUGGAUUUGUUUAACAAUUUUUUGGUUAAUAUGUGAUUCCAUAUGUGUUAUUUCAUAGUUUUGAUGUCUUCACUAUUAUUCUACAAUGUAGAAAAUAGUACGAAUAAAGGAAAACCCUUGCAUGAGUAGAUGUGUUCAUACUUUUGACUGGUACUGUACAUAAUAAUGAAUUGCAAUACACAUUGAUAUGGAAUUCUAUAGCCCCAGGUUGAGUUGCUGCCUGGUCUGAUUUUAUCAUUGUUUUAUUGGAUAUUUUUUGCCAAUUCAAACGUGUUACCCUGCACCUUGUUCAGGGGUGGUUUUAAUUUUCCUCUUACACCAUUGACGACAGAUUUUUUUUAUUUACAAGCUCUCUGAAUUUGACCAUCAGUCUGUGUGUGGUCAAGUGUCAGAUUAGAUGUUUGCAUUCCCGAUCCCAGAAUGUUAAUGAUAUUCCUGCCUUUGGUAGAGUGAGGUUUGUACGAAGCAGCUAGCGGGCAACCUGGCCAAGCUGCACUUGGCACUGCCCACUCAGCACAGAACGGUGUGGCACUUUGCAUAAUGGUAUCAGCCGAGGAUGUUUUUGAUCUUAAUUGCAUGCAGACUGCAGACUGCAUCCUCCUCUAACUCUGUUGUUGUUUACCAUAGCAGAUUCCACGUCUGCUAGAGUGAUGAAAAAGCUUAGUGCAAGCCUUUCUUUAACUAACAUGUGCCUUAUAUGACGGUGAUAUCAUUUUUAUUGUUCUAUUGGUGAGUAUAACGAAACGAUUAUAGUUAUAGAAGACACAGCAAUGUAUUUGCGAGUGUGAUAUGUAUAUGCUGUCAAAUGCUAGAACUCUGCGGCAGCCAUUGCGUAUCAACAGGCUAAACACAUUUCAGAAUAAUUUCUAUGGUUGCAGAUUUAAUGUGUGCAUUUAUUUUGGGUGUCUGUGUUGUAUGCUUAUAGUAGGACUAUGGUGGCUAUGACAACAGCCCAAAUAAACAAAUGUAAAGCAGUGGCCAACCUGAGACGGUUUUCCCCUAAAAUGUCUGGCAUUCCUAAAUUAGUCUUGAGACAAAGUGACAAAUGUAGAAUAUUAAGUAUAGCGCAAUUUGUUCCAAUGGUGUGUUUUGCCCGUGAUUCAGUGUAUGAAAAAGGACUGUAUCUAUACUCGACAAUUAGCUUUCUUACUGCCGUGCAGUUAUUUUUAUUUCCUGUUUCCUAUAACAUAUACAUACCUUUGUAAAAUAAAACAUGUUGAAAUACUGUAUUCUAACUGUAUAACCCUAUGCAUUGAGUCCUGGUUUGUUGUGCUGUCGUCGAGAUCUUUCCUUUACUUGUGAAUGUCCCGUGACAUAAGAAAAAUGGGAUAGUAAAUUAGUGCGGGACCUUAAUGAAACCCAACAUUUUUCUCAUUCAAGGCAGCUCAGAAGACAUCGAUCCAGUACCUGAUCUGUUUGUAAUGGGUUACUCACUUCUCAGAGGCUUGUGUGGAUGAAGCAAUUCCAUACAGAUUGCAUCAUGCACGCCUCCAUUAAUAAACUGACACUUCCAUGUC